CCUCAGAAUUGAGAAGUUCCAUUCGUGGCGCACGUUAAGAAGAUGUCACCCGUUCGGUGCACGUUAGCACACUUUGAUGCUACGUGCACCUCCUGCGUCUUCGACUCUUCUCUUCCCCUUGCUACCCACCUUAUCCUACGCACCACACCAUUUCCCUUGUCUUCCACCAUACUCCUUUUAGGGCUACCGAGGAACUUCUCUUUCUCCUUCUGCCGAUCUCUCCCUUCAUGACUUUCCAGAGAGUUAGGGUUUCUUCGGUCUAGGUUACCCUCACAUUGUAAUCGCGUCAUAACCCCAUGGAUCACAGAAGGUUAACCAAGGACUCGCUCUCGUACUCUACUCUUUUCAAUCUCGAGUCUUUGAUGAAUUUUCAACUUCCACAACAAGAUGAUGAUUUUGAUUAUUAUGGGAAUAGUAGUCAGGAUGAGAGCAGAGAUAGCCAAGGUGGGGCAAUCGCAAAUCACAGCAACGGGAGUAUGCGUGGAAGAGAGGUAAAUUUGCUGAAGAAGAGGAAGUGGUCUCAAAACAGUGACGACGAAGACAAGGGUAAUUUUUGUGGAAAACACAUGACUGAGGAGCGAUAUCGAUCAAUGCUUGGGGAACACAUUCAAAAAUACAGGAGGAGGUAUAAAGAUACCUCGUCUAGUCCUGCCCAAAAUCGUGCUGGUGCUCAACUUCUUAAAAGUAACAUAGGUUUGAAAGCGCGGAAGUUAGUGAAUGAGCAUCGAGGUGGAAUACAUGCUCUGGAUGCUACAUCUGAGUGGCCUAAUGAUAUUAAUGCUCAGAAACCUGUAAACUACCGUGAUGCAGAAUUCAGACAGCAAUAUGGACCUGACAGAACCAUCUAUGAACCAGCUUCUUUAGAUAUUGGAGAUGGCGUUACCUACAAGAUCCCUCCUACUUAUGAUAAGUUAUCAGCGAUGCUGAACCUUCCAAGUUUCUCUGAUAUCCUAGUUGAGGAAUUUUACUUGAAAGGUACCUUGGAUUUGGGAUCCUUGGCUGCAAUGAUGGCUUCUGAUAAGAGGGGUGGGACUAGAAACCGAGCAGGCAUGGGGGAAACCUUACCUCAAUACGAUUCACUUCAGGCACGAUUGAAGGCCCUGUCAGCAUCUAAUUCACCUCAUCAAUUUAGUCUGAAAGUAUCCGACAUUGGUUUGAAUUCUUCCAUCCCAGAGGGAGCUGCUGGAAAUAUUAAACGAUCUAUUUUGUCUGAGGGAGGUGUAUUGCAGGUUUAUUAUGUGAAGGUUUUAGAGAAAGGUGACACGUAUGAGAUCAUUGAAAGAAGCCUACCUAAGAAGCAAAAGGUAAAGAAAGACCCUUUGAUGAUUGAGAAGGAGGAAAUGGAGAGAAUUGGAAAAGUCUGGGUAAAUAUUGUGAGAAGAGACAUACCUAAGCAUCAUAGGUUUUUUACUGGCUUCCAUCGAAAGCAAAUUGUUGAUGCCAAGAGGUUCUCAGAGAACUGUCAAAGAGAGGUCAGAAUGAAAGUGAGUAGAUCACUUAAAUUCAUGAAGAGUGCAUCCAUUCGCACCCGGAAACUAGCUAGAGAUGUCUUGCUGUUUUGGAAACGAGCAGAUAAGGAGAUGGCAGAAUUGAGGAAAAAGGAGGAGAAAGAAGCUGCAGAAGCUUUGAGGCGGGAACAGGAGCUUCGAGAAACAAAGAGGCAGCAGCAAAGGCUGAAUUUCCUUAUACAGCAAACUGAGUUAUACAGUCACUUUAUGCAGAACAAGUCAAACUUGCUGUCCUCUGAUGCUUUACCUAUGGUAGAUGAAAAAGCAGAUGAUCAAGCUGCAGAACCUGGCUCUUCAGAUGUUAGGCCUUGUGAGGAGGAAGAUCCUGAAGAGGCUGAACUGAAGAAGGAAGCUCUGAAAGCUGCUCAAGAAGCUGUCUCUAAGCAGAGAAAGUUGACAAGUGCUUUUGAUGAUGAAUGCUUGAGGCUGCGUCAGGCUGGUGAAACUGAUGCACUUUCACAGGAAGUUGCAGGAGCAAGUAACAUUGAUUUGCAAACCCCCUCAACCAUGCCUGUGGCAUCAACAGUUCGCACACCAGAAAUGUUUAGAGGCUGUCUUAAAGAAUAUCAACUAAAAGGUCUUCAGUGGUUAGUUAAUUGUUAUGAGCAGGGUCUGAAUGGUAUACUUGCUGAUGAAAUGGGACUUGGAAAGACCAUUCAAGCCAUGGCUUUUUUAGCCCAUUUAGCUGAGGAGAAAAAUAUAUGGGGACCAUUUUUGGUUGUUGCACCUGCAUCAGUAUUGAACAACUGGAAUGAAGAACUUGAGCGCUUCUGCCCUGAAAUGAAAGCUCUUCCUUAUUGGGGUGGGCUUCAUGAGCGGACGGUACUUAGGAAAAGUAUUAACCCAAAGGAUCUUUAUCGUAGGGAAGCGAAAUUCCACAUUCUCAUUACAAGCUACCAGCUACUAGUAUCUGAUGAGAAGCAUUUUCGGCGUGUGAAAUGGCAGUACAUGGUAUUAGAUGAAGCCCAGGCAAUCAAAAGUGCAAACAGUAUAAGAUGGAAGACACUCCUCAGUUUUAAUUGUCGGAAUCGCUUGCUGCUGACUGGUACACCAAUUCAAAAUAAUAUGGCAGAACUGUGGGCUCUUCUGCACUUCAUUAUGCCAACUUUAUUCGAUAGCCAUGAACAGUUUAAUGAAUGGUUUUCAAAAGGAAUUGAGAAUCAUGCAGAACAUGGAGGUACUUUGAAUGAACAUCAACUUAACAGAUUGCACUCUAUUCUAAAGCCCUUCAUGCUGCGACGAGUUAAAAAAGAUGUAAUAUCCGAACUGACUAAGAAAAUAGAGGUUACAGUGCACUGCAAGUUGAGUUCUCGCCAGCAAGCUUUCUAUCAAGCAAUCAAGAAUAAAAUAUCUCUUGCUGAGUUGUUUGAUAGUAAUCGUGGGCAGCUCAAUGAUAAGAGAAUUCUGAAUUUAAUGAAUAUUGUUAUUCAACUAAGAAAGGUUUGCAACCAUCCAGAGUUGUUUGAGAGGAGCGAGGGAACCACAUUCUAUAAUUUUGCAGAGAUUCCAAAUUCCCUCCUCCCUCCUCCAUUUGGGGAGUUGGAGGAUGUAUACUUUUCUGGGGCUCACAAUCCAAUAUCAUACAAGGUGCCAAAACUUGUCCAUCAAGAAAUCAUGCCAGGUUCUAAAUUGCUCAAUUCAACAAUUGCUCGUGGUGUUGGCAGAGAACUUUUUCAAAGACAUUUUAAUAUUUAUAGCCCGGAGAAUGUUUUUCAAUCUAUCUUCUCUGAAGGGAAUAAAUCAAAUGCGUCGUUUAUUAAAAGUGGAACUUUUGGUUUUACCCAUUUGAUGGAUUUGUCCCCGCAAGAAGUGAUGUUUUCAGCUACUGGUUCUUUUAUGGAGCAAGUACUGUUUUCUAUGGUGAGAUGGGAGCAGAAAUUUAUCAAUGAAGUUGUGGACUUUGUAACGGAGACUUUAGAUAAUGAUCCUGAAUACAGUUCCCUUGAAAGGGGAAAAGUGAGGGCUGUUACACGAAUGUUAUUGGUGCCAACAAAAUCUGAGACAAAAAUUUUUCAAAGAACAUUUGCUACUGGACCCAGCCAUGCCCCUUUUGAGGCAUUGGUUGUCCCAUAUCAAGAUAGGAUUAUAUCGAAUGCAAGACUUAUUCACUCAGCAUACACAUUUAUCCCUCGGACUAGAGCUCCCCCAAUUGUUGCCCACUGCUCAGACCGAAGCUUCUCUUAUAAAACACUUGAAGAGUUGCAUGACCCAUGGGUUAAGAGAUUGCUUGUGGGAUUUGCACGUACAUCUGAGUUUAAUGGACCUAGAAAGCCAGAUGGUCCUCCCCAUCAUUUAAUUCAAGAGAUUGAUUCUGAACUACCAGUUGCACAGCCUGCUCUUCAGUUAACCUACAAAAUUUUAGGUUCGUCUCCCCCCAUGCAAAAUUUUGACCCAGCAAAGUUGCUCACUGACUCUGGGAAGCUUCAAACGCUUGACAUAUUAUUAAAACGCUUGCGGGCUGAAAAUCACCGUGUUCUCUUGUUUGCUCAGAUGACUAAGAUGCUGAAUAUUCUUGAGGACUACAUGAACUAUAGAAAAUAUAGAUAUUUUAGACUCGAUGGAUCGUCAUCCAUUCAGGACCGCAGAGACAUGGUUAGAGACUUCCAGCAGAGGAAUGAUGUUUUUGUGUUCUUACUUAGUACAAGAGCUGGUGGAUUGGGUAUCAACUUGACGGCUGCUGACACAGUAAUCUUUUAUGAGAAUGAUUGGAAUCCCACAUUGGAUCAGCAGGCAAUGGAUAGAGCUCAUCGAUUGGGUCAAACAAAAGAUGUCACUGUUUACAGACUUAUAUGUAAAGAGACAGUUGAAGAAAAGAUUCUUCUUAGAGCAAGUCAGAAAAGCACUGUACAGAACCUCGUCAUGACUGGUGGUUCUACUGAUGAUAUUUUAGCUCCUGAGGAUGUUGUAUCUUUGCUUCUGGAUGAUGUGCAGUUAGAGCAGAAAUUCAAAGAAAUUCCUCUUCAGGUGAAGGAUAAACAAAAGAGGAAACAAACUGUGAAGGGUAUACGGGUAAAUGAAGAUGGUGAUGCGUCUCUGGAAGAUAUAACAGACUCUGGAGCACAGGGCCCAGAUAAUGAUAUUCCUCUUGACCCAGAGGGAUCAAAGCCCAGUAAUAAAAAGAGGAAGGCUGCCUCUGACAAGCAAACCGCAUCAAGGGCAAAGAAUUUUCAAAAGAUGAAUGAGUUUAGUAAUACAAUGCCGAUGGACUAUGAGGUGUAUGAUGCUACUCAAGGUACAGAUCCAGUGGUCCAGAAACCCAAGAGACCAAAGAAGGCAAAGAAAGUUGGGAACGACAAGUUUGACGACUCUUUUGCUGGUACAGUCGAUAUAUUCUCAGAGCAGACCCAAUAGCCACUACUUCCACGUGAUUUUAGUAACGGAGGUUCAAGGGCUGAAAGAGAGUAGGGGGAAAAUGGGUCUUAUGUUGUAUGGUAUCAACCGUUAGAUUGGCGUUCUUUGGUGAGUUAUAGGUUGCCUCCCUGGUUGAUCCACAAAUUCUGGUUCCCUUUUUCCUGCUUACAUUUUGUACUGAGGCAAGGCAGGCGAAGAAGCUGUACAUCCUUUACUUUGUGCAUAGUGAAUAGUGAUAGUCUUAGAUAUGUGAGAUUAUAAAUCCGCCCCUCUUGAACAUUGUUGGGGCUUUGUACAGAUUAGAUUAUCUUUGUUGUAUUAUUUGCCCCUGUAGGGGCACUAAAAUGUAGUAUUAAAUUUGUCCUAAUGUGUUGUUUUGUGACUUGUAUUAUUUUUUGCCAAGUAAUUGGAUUCACUUGAGUAUGCCAGUUUUGAUGAUUA